CAAUGACAUAACUUAGGCUACGAAGGUUUCAGGUUUGUGUGCAGGGAGCGAGCUCCUUUGGCGUUCUCGAAGUCCGUCAGCAAUAUUAAUGCCUGAUCCGUAGCAUUGUUGGGCUAAUACGUAACGAGUACCGCUAGGUAUCUAAUAAAGCUGGCUUGCCAGGCUAGUCAAUACGGUUCACUGCCCUUCCCUCUCCUUCACCCACCACAACGACGAUGAAUCCUACUUGUCCGUCCGCCCCCAUACCCCCACCACCAUCCGUCGUCCAAGCCAAAGCAGUCUUGCCAUACAACCUCGCCCCCUCGGACCCCGGCUACCUCUCCUUCGCAGUAGACGACAUCAUCACUAUCGUCGAGGAGACCGACGCCGUUUGGUGGCUCGGUGAGUGUAAUGGCUGCAGGGGCUGCUUCCCUGCGAAAUAUGUCGAGAAGAUCACCAUGGCCAGUGCUCAUUCAGGCGCCGACGUCCAUCCGCCUCCUGGAGUGAGGACCACAGAUUCUAGUGGGCUCCAGCAAGACCCUGAUCAGGAGGGGAAGAAGAGCAAGCUUGGGAAGUUUUGUAUUACAGUGUGUUCUCUUUCUUUUGUGCAUGACGUUUUCUGAUGUGCCGGAUAGAUGGCCCACUCUGCUGCUGGUGGUCACCAGUUCGGCGUGGGUGAUGCUAUUAGGACUGCUAAAGCCUUAGGUCAAGUUGCUAAGCUUGUUCAUUCGGUGAUUUCGGAUGACGACUCAGAGUCGGAGUCGGAUGCUG